AACCUAUACCAUAUUUUCUCCAAGCAUAGAUGGAAUGUCUGUGACUGUUCUGGUCUUGUCUUUUGUCCAACAGACGUACGACCCGUGGUGCUUCUUCAGCAUGGCCUGUGCGGGGCUUCCACAGACUACCUGGUCAGUCCGGCUAAUCAGAGCCUGGCGUUUCUGUUGGCUGAUGCCGGGGCGGACGUCUGGCUGGGGAACAUGAGGGGAAACUCCUACUCCAAGCAGCACAAACAUCUAUCGCCAUCGCAUUCCGAUUUUUGGAGAUGGAGUUUUGACGAGAUGGCCCGGUAUGACAUUCCUGCCAUGAUCGACUACGUACUGAAGGUGACAAACAGGAAACAACUGUUCUACGUGGGCCACUCACAAGGCUGCAGCACAAUGCUCAUACAUGGCUCACGGGAUAAGUACAUUACAUCUAAGGUCCGCCACUUCUAUGCUUUGUCACCAGCCGCCAGACUGCAACAAACUACUGGGUUCACGCAAAAAAUUGUGAAGAUCAGAGAAAUUUUCAAGACUUUUUUCAAUGGGGUCUUUCAUGGAUCUACAGACGUUGGUUUGUUUACAAAUAUAGCAAUCGUGGAAAUCAUCUGUAAAACAGAAGGGCUCGCUUUCUGUAGAGACAAGUUGUUCAAAAUGUUCGGAGAUGACGUACGAGCUUUCAACACUGUAAGAUCCUUUAUUCUGAUAACUGUCCGUUUGUCAGCCGGUCUGGGUACCGUCAAGAAUGGAGUCUUUGAAAACUACGAUGAAGGAUCGCCAGAAGCAAAUCGCAAACGUUACGGACAGCCCACACCGCCGGCGUACGAUCUGAAGGGCUUCCAACUCCCCAUCAGCGUGUAUUAUGGCGGGAGCGAUGUGCUGGUGGCCCCCGGCGAUGUGGAAUGGCUCCUGACCCAGAUCAAAGCAGAGUACGUUCAGCGCAUAGGUCACUAUAACCACAUAGACUUUGUGUGGGCGAUGGACGCCCCGGACACUAUUUAUUCUCACCUCAUCAAGCACAUGUUUCAUUUAGAACGUUUAUCACCACAGUAAAAUGAGAGAGCAGAUUAUAAUAAUAUUAUAUUAGCUUACAUUAUCAUAAUAUAUUACUUUUCCCUGCGCUCAUUAAAAACGCAUUUGCGUGUUUUCUAAUACGAUCCAAAUUAUUAUUCUAGUAAAAUUCGAGAAACUUUCGUUUCCCACCCUUUUUCAUCCAUUUAUUUAUCAAGUUUAGCUUAUAACGAACUGAUUUUGAUGUAAGAGCUCUGCUCAUGAGAAGUUCUCAACUUGGGAGAAACACAAAGAGUGAGUGGCGUGUUCGAAAGUCCCCCGUGCAAGUUUGAAAUCGGCGUCUCAUACUGUUUCAAAGUGCUUGAAAAAAAAAUUCAAAUCUCGAGUCCUACUUUAAUGCUCUCUUAACAAAAACUAUCUCCAUGAUCUUAUCUAGCAUCUAUCACGCAGUAAUUUUAUUAUCGAGGAGCCGGUUGGGGCUGUGGACUGGUCUUCAAACUACCCAGACAGGCAUUCUAUGGAACUUACGUAAGACGAAUCCGACUAUGUAUUAAUGUAAAAAAAACCCCGUAACAAAUCGUUAUCCAGCCUUUUGUUUAGUUAAAGUUUAAGAACUUCUGGCGAGUAGAGCUCUUUAUUUAGGUUUCAUCCACAUUGGUUUAUAAUAAAUGGAUAAAUGAAGAACAAAGUUGAAGAACAAAAGUUUUCUUUUGUUUCUUUACCAACUCGAUAUUUUCACCUCAAAACAAGCUAUGCGCACGCCAUGAGCGUAGGUAGCCUACACAUUAUACAGAUUUUAUUUAUUAAUAAAAUGAUUAUCAACAUUAUUACUGAAUUACCCACAGGAGCUCCAAUCAAUUUGUAAUCAAGAUUAUGAAUAAAAAACUAAAAAUUGUACCAAUGAGACAAU